UCAGAGAUAUUCACCCACUAUAUAAAGGUUAUUUUCACUGACACUGUAGUGAUUUCGACUUUUAUUGCGUUGUCUGGAAAUCUAAUAGCUAUGAAGCCCAAUGUGCAGGUAGCAGUAGUGUUGGUGGCAGUGGGGAUAGGGGUGGCCAGUGCAGCACCUUUCCCCUUCCCAGUCGAGGACUCUCCUCAGACAAGACUUUUCCAGUCCCUUUCUCCUACUGAGCGGACUGCAGUACUUCACAUGGCACUCACUGGCAGAGUUGUUCGCAAUGCUCUGAUAGCUGGUCAAUCAUCUAAAGCGAGCCGCAAUCGCUUGGAUGAACCCGAGGUUUUGAUCCUGGCUCUUGAAUUACGCCACUGGAUAAAAUCUAACUGGCAACUAACACCUGAUCAGAUACAAGAGAUUGAAGAAACUGGCAAGCUAUGUAAUGAUGAAGGAGUGUGCAUUGACUUCGGUGGUGAUUGGGGAAACAACUGCUGUCCAUUUGGCUGAGGUUCCGAUUGUGGGAUAUUACGAGAGAAAGUGCCUGAGAAGCUUCAUUAGAUUACAGUUGCACCCUAAACAUUGUUAAAUUUCUUCCUCCGAGACAGGUCACAUAUGAUUUUAAAAUAAUAAUUUUCAAAGUAAUGACUAGUUUUAAUUCACAAGACACAAUCACACUAUGUGAAGUUAUCCUAAUAUCCAUUUACAACACUGCAAACAUAGUACAAACUUAUGUAAUCUAUUAAUUCACUUUAAUAUCAUUACUGGCAACUGGAAUCAAGCCUCUCAUUGCAGACAAAGGUAAAAUGCACUAAUACAUACCAAGCCACUACAAUACCCCUAUACAUAAUCAAAAUACCGGUUGUUAGUAAUUCAACAACCAAUUCAAGUAAGAAACAUUUAUGAAUGAAUAAAACUGUGGUUAUGAAAAUUUCCCUUCAUGUGAUCUCAUUUUCAAUAAGUGUUUUUUAUGGCAAUUUAUCAAUUAGAUAAAUUGCUGUUUUCAUAGAUCCACAAGAUCGCUUUCAUACAAACAUCAAAGGGGCCCAUCAAGAAUAAGGAUAAUAAUCAAAUUCUAAAUCCUCUUCUACUAUUAUAUAAUUAUACUACAUUACAGCGAGCUUAUAUUUUCAUUCGCUAUUUUCAUAUGGUGCAAAACAUUUUCAAAUCUGAAGAGAAAAUUUUUGGGUGAAAUUGAAGAAAAAUAUACAAAUAAAACAAAAAUAAAU